UCAAGUGCAGUUCAUGCAAAGCUGGUGCAUAGCAACAGGUCAGUGAGCCUUAUGCACCACAUUAAUGUUUAUCGGAAACCUGAAUAGAAGCUUAUUGAUUAGAAAUGGAAGAUAUUAUCUACAUGUGACCUCACUUUGGAUUCUUUUUUGAAUAUACAGAUGAACCACUGAAAAGGAACCGAAUGAUGUGAGUGGAAAAAAUGACAGCAUACACCCUACAGACAUUCUUUACAUGGACAUACAAGGGGAUACUCUGUACAUGCCGGUUUCUGUGGAUCUGUCCAUACAAUGCAAUCAAAUUCUUACCAAGGGAAACACACAUCACAGAGGAGAAAAGCAGGCAGGUGACACGACAUGUGGCUCAUGAAAGCAAGGUGACUGCAGCCAUCCCAGGAAGCCCCGACCGCGUUAACGCACUCCACAAACGAGUCACCAAAACAGAGAGAGAGAUCUUGUCGAUCAAGACCAGGAUCGCCUGUGAGAGAGCAUCAUGGGAAAAAAGAUUUUCAGAACUGCAAAGACAACAGGAGGAACUGCGUAAUCAGGUUUUCUCUGAGGCUGAGAUACUACUUAAUGUGGGAACUUGUGAGGAGCAGGGAGACAAUGGAGAUGAUUUGGAUGAGCAGUCAAGUGGUUUCUGUCAACACAGAAGACCCAAAGUGUCAUCAAGAAGUGGCAGCCAUUCAUGCAGUUUAUCAGGGAGCCAGGGAUCCUUGUCAACCCCACAGAGCUCAAGAUCAUCUUCUUCUUUAUCUUCAGCCUCAAGAAGUGUGCGAUCCUGGAAAACGUCUCACGGCCCACAUCGGGUUUUUGUCCCCCACUCACCCAUGGACUUGCAACUGGGCCAUCGGGUUAGAAUCAUGCUGCCAUCUGGCCGGAUCAGCACAGGAACAGUUCGUUUCUUGGGGAACCUGCAGGGGGAGCCAGAGCUCCACCUUGGUGUGGAGCUGCAGAGCCAUGACGCAUCACUGUGUGACGGCAGUCAUAAUGGACAUACCUACUUUGAAUGCAAACCGGGACAUGGUGCCUUUGUGCCAUUCCACAAGUUGUUGAUGGCCUGGGAAUAAAAGAAUCCUGUGGACCAGGCAGAACAUUAGACAGUAUAGUAAACCUGCUAUAUGAAGAAAAUUCAUGUAAUAAAUAAUACAUAAUAUCUCUCUCAAAUUACCAAGUAUGACUUAUACCCCAUGUAUGACAGCUAAUGUGUGACUUUUGGUGUAUCAAAGAACAGACAUGACAGCAAUGAUUUUUUUAUGUAGAGCAACUUUUUUAAAGAAAUAAAGUUUCAAGCCAACAUGUACAGUGUCCCCUGAGGUACAAGGAGGGAUUUGAAAGGUUGAGAUCAAAAUAAAAUGUCAAUAUAACAAGU